AUGGCGAUGGACGGAAUGAUGUCCACGUCCUCGGGUCUGUCUUACCAAAAUGCCGGGGACUUUUACCCCAGAAAGUUCGGCCCGAAACCGGACGUGGUGCCGUCCGGGGUGACGGAGAGGAAAGUGUCCGUGGAUAAACCUGACAUGGUGUCGGUGGAUGUCAUUAACAUCAAUGAUUCAGAUGUCCACUUGCACAGGAAGAAGCAUGAACAAGACACGUACGUCUUGGGAACCAUUCAUCCAUUCAGAAAGACGCACAGAUCCGUCUUUGGGAAACUUCUGCAGGAGCUCAGACUGGUCUCCUCAGAUAGACGGUCGUGGAGGAUCCUGCUGUUCGGGGCUCUCAACCUGCUGUGCACCGGCUGUCUGCUGAUGUGGUGCAGCUCCACCAACAGCAUGGCCUUAACUGCUUACACAUACCUCACCAUCUUCGACCUUUUUAGUUUGAUCACCUGUCUCAUCAGUUCAUGGGUGUCCAUGAAGAAACCCAGUCAGGUCUUCUCCUUUGGGUUUGAAAGACUGGAGGUUAUGGCUGUUUUUGCCUCCACUGUUCUCAUCCAACUGGGAGCGUUGUUCAUCCUGAAGGAGAGUGUGGAGCGCUUCAUGGAGCAGCCUGAGGUCCACACUGGCCGUCUGUUGGUGGGGACGUUCGUUGCUCUCUUCUUCAAUCUGCUGACUCUGCUAUCCGUCAGAAAUAAACCCUUUGCUUACGUCUCUGAAGCGGCCAGCAGCAGUUGGCUUCAGGAGCAUGUAGCAGAUCUAAGUCGAAGUUUGUGCGGCAUCAUUCCAGGUCUGAGCAGCAUGCUUCUGCCUCGUAUGAAUCCAUUCGUCCUGAUCAACAUGGCGGGAGCUCUUUCUCUCUGCAUCACCUACAUGCUCAUAGAAAUCAAUAACUACAACGCGGUGGACACAGCGUCGGCGGUCGCAAUUGCUCUCAUGACCUUCGGCACCAUGUACCCCAUGAGCGUCUAUAGCGGCAAAGUGCUGCUGCAGACCACACCGUCUCAUAUCAUCGGCCAACUGGACAAACUGCUGCGAGAGGUGUCCACUCUGGAUGGAGUGCUGGAGGUUCGCAAUGAACACUUCUGGACUGUUGGCUUUGGAUCUCUGGCUGGCUCCGCCCACGUCCGUAUCCGCCGGGACGCCAACGAGCAGCUGGUUCUGGCUCACGUCACCAACCGUCUGAUGCCGCUUGUCUCCACGUUGAGCGUCCAGAUCUUUAAGGACGACUGGACCAGACCGCUCCUCACUGGUUCCCUGUCCUCCUCCACCUCUACCCCCCCUCUGGGUGCUGCUGAAGGCUACAACACCCUCUCCUCCUCCUCUUUGCCCCCUCUGAUGUACUCCUCCUCAGGAGAGCUGGACCCGCUCACCUCCACUCCCUCCAAACCCAGCAGCCCUCCUCCAGAGUUUGCCUUUGACACACCGGGGAGGAACAUGCAGCCUAUGGUCCUCCCCACGCCGGGACACCACACCCACAGGCCGUACGGAGGCCUGGGACUCGCCUAUGGAGCAUCUCCCUACACAGGGAUGUUGAGUCAGGGGAUGCCGCGGCCUGGAGGCGGACUUGGACUUGGUGUAGGGGCGGGGUAUGGACUAGGUGUGGGUGUGAGCGGGGUGCCUCCUUCUCAAAGUUACAGAACUGCCUAUGGAGGGUCAACAGCGCCACUCGGGUUUGGAAACAGCAACCCUCUGGCAUCACAGUCACAGUACAGACAAUACAGACCCUGACUGUGACAAGCUGGACUUAGCUUCAGAGCCUCUGAAAGACUUCUGCUCAUGACGAGGUCAAGCUCUCUGAAACUGAUGAGACAUGUUUGUUUUGCAGGCUGGACUUCAGUGUUACAAUGUUUAGGUAACAACAAGAUGGUAACCUUAGAGAACCAAUCUGAGUUUUAUAUCCAAACCUUGUGGUGUCUGUGUCUCCUGACUGUGGAGAGUGAUGGUGGGUGUGAUGUGGUAUUUAUUUUACUGAUGAGGGGACCAAGAGGUGGACUUUGGUUGAAUUUGAUACGUUUAUUUUCUUCUUUUUUUAAUCAAGAUGUUAGAGAAGCACCAUACUGUGGGAGAAAUCAGCAUCCAGACUAAUUGUAACAUUUUAACAACAAAACCUGGGAGGACAUUUUAUUUGGUAAACAUUGUUACAUUACAUUCCUGGUGAGAGAGAGUAUUUGAAUUACUUGAAAAUUAUUUUUACACUUGAAACACUGAAAAUUUAAAGAACGCUAGAAUUCAAGUAUACCAUUGUUGGGUUCUCCAUCAUAAGAAAACACAUCACAACAAACAGGUAAGAGGUCAGCCGUGACAUACUGGUGUCCUGGAAGGAGAAGUAUUGUUCAAGAAUAGCAGUGUAGUGGACCAAAUUGACAGAAGAGGAGAUUUGAAAAUAGUUAGAUGUGGUUUAAAUCUUCAAUUCUUCCAUUACUUGAAAGCAUCAAGACAUCUGCUCCAAAGUGCUGCCUUAAAGUGUCCUGAGUGCUUAUUACUGCACAUGUCCUGAAUUCACACAUGAAAUACCUUAAACCAAAACAUGACUGUUUUCAUUUAUAAGUACGUUCUAUACUUUCUCCCUCUCUCUGUUUUGGUAGCAUUCAACUUUGUUUCUCUUUAGAUUUCAAUGUAGUUUUGGAAUAAAAGAAUAUUUCCAUCCUGUGCUCUUAAAUUGUGGACACAAGUGGUCAUUUACAUCAUCUUGUCUGCAGAUCUGCUACUGUGUGAUUAAAACUUUGGAUACAGAUUAAAGAUGCUGUGGGGAAUUUUCAAAAUGUGUUAUUGAUGAAAAAGUAAAAGUAGCCAUCAAGUUAGCCACAAUUGUUCUUUCAAGCUUCUGCGUCAUCAGCAAAUGUUGUGAUAUAGACUCAAUGUUUGACCAGCAACAUGUCAGUUAUAAACUUUUCCCUGUAUAGGUGUUCAUUAUUUUCAUUUUUCACCACAUAAAGUAUAGAUAAAUCACAUUGAUCACAAAUUUGCGAGCUAGCCAACUCACACAUAAACUCAGGUUUUUGCUAGCAACAACAUAAGCAGCAAGUGAUCCAAGCAUUAGCUCGUUAGCUACAACCUCACUGCAGUGUUUAGACCUGGUGUUUGUUACAUCUCAAAGUUAGCUUGAAAGUCAUCUUCAAACACAACAAGCUAGCUAACUUACUAGCCAGAUCAGCAGCAGUCUGGAGAAGAUUAGCUAAAGUGUGCUCAAGCAAAUCAUUUGUGCUUGAAAGCAAAGUGAGCCAAGCUUACAAAACCAAAUAAAGAUCCCAGCUUCAAUCAAA